UCGUUCCGCGGCGUUCCGGUCGGACAGUAUUCGCUGCCGGAUAGAUUCCGUUGACAUUGCUGGGACAGGUGUUACCCAACCAGAAGGUGUGCUCGCAGGUAGCCGCAGAGAAGCAGCCCGGUCCUCCUCGGCCCUCACACCGGUACCUGCUGCAGUCAUGUACCGGCGGCCGCUGCAGGUCGCCGCCAGGUGCGCCGUGAGAGCGGCGGCGUCCAGAGGCGCCUGCGCGAAGCUGCUGGAGCAGGAUUGGUGUCUGAGAGCUUCGGCCGCCGGCCAGCUGAGCAGAUCCAGCUGUUUGACGCAGAGUCGGGUUCUGCACAUCAGCACUGAGCUCUGCAGCGUGAAGGAGACGCCUCAGCACUCCCAGGAGGAAGUCGGCGCCUUCACCAAACUCAUCGAGGCCAUGGGCUUCACCGCCCCGCUCAAAUACAACAAAUGGAAAAUCAAGAUCGCCGCGCUGCGCAUGUACACGUGUUGCGUGGAGAGAAUAAACUACGACGAGUUCUUUGACAAAUGCUCCCUGCCGGACACUCUGAACUCCUGGUUCCUGGUCGCUCAGCUGCAUGUCUGGAUGUGUUUGGUGCGGAUGCGUCAGGAGGGCAGAGAGGGGAAGUUCAUGUGCCGUUACAUCGUCCACUCCAUGUGGGAAGACGUGGAGCAGAGGAGCAAGAUCAUGGGGAUCGAUGCCAUCCACAGGAAGGAGGCCAUGAAAGCCAUGACUGAAACCUUCUACGCUGCCAUAUUUGGAUAUGAUGAGGGAAUCCUGUCUGAUGACUGCGUCCUGGCUGCAGCUCUGUGGAGGAACCUGUUCAACUGUCAGUGUGACGACCCCCAGCAGCUGGAGCUCAUGGUGGAGUACGUUCGCAAACAGAUGCAGUUCAUCGACGCUCUGGACGGAGAGGACCUGCUGCUCACAGGAGAGGUGAAGUGGCGCCCCCUGGUGGAGGAGAAUGCUCAGAGCAUCCUGAAGGUGGUCAGUCCCACGUACAAUGACGCGGGGCUGUGACAUGAACGCCUCUCCUCUCUGAAACCGUGAAACACUUCCUGCUUCUCCUCAGAUCAGACACCUCAGUCGCUGUAGCUCCUCUUUCUUGCUCCAGGUUUUCUGUAAUAAUGAAGUGUGUGUGGAGGUCCAGUAAAGCAGCAGAGACAAUCGUGGAAUAGGAUUCAGACACAUUCAGGUGUCCCCGUGUGUCUGUCGUCCUGUCAGGUCUGAGAGCAGCUUCUGUACGUAAACACACUCUGUUUAUAUUUCUACUGAAUGCGGCUCUGUAUUUAUAAAGUAUUUUUGAAUCUGUGUUUCCUCUGUGUUUAAAUAACCUGCUUGUUCCCUUGAUGCUCUCAGACCUGAACAGGAUGCAAAACUCAGACUUAAACAUCAUCAGUAGUUUUAAAAAAAAAGAUGGUUAAUAAAGUUUUCUUUUCAAA